UGCCAGCUGGGCAUCCCCCCACCCAUGACCGAGCAGCUUUAGGGCUGCUGUUUCCUACUCCCAAACCCCUUCUCUCCCUGACCCAGCUCCUCUUUCUCUGUCUCUCCUCCCCCCCAGUAGUUUUUACAUCACUGACAGACUUCCUGUGAGUCAGCACCAGCAGUCAUGAGCGAAGUAGCUGGAAGACGAAGAAGAGCUCAAAGUGGGUAGAAAUAAGAAAAUUUGGCCAAUGGCACUUGGACACCUCCAGACCCGCAUGCUGCUGAGGGAGAUGGGAGACAGGUUUAGCCCUUUUGAAGGAAAACAUAGGCUUUCAUCUAAAGAAGAGUAACACAAACCAGCACUGGCACGUUCCCAUGGUUGCUACCUCCCACCUACCCUGGCAGGCAGGUGGCAAUGUCCAGGAGGACGCUCAGCAAUGCCUCUCCUAGUAACCACCACCCAGGCCCCCACCUCUGAAGAACCAGGUGAUGAAACAGCCAGCCAUGAUGACUCUGGAGCUCUUGGGGGUAGAGAAUUUUCUCAGGCAUACUCAGAAGAAGUUGUACACUUGCAUGAUUUGUGGGGACAGUUUUAAGCACAAGGGCAUCCUGAUGGCCCACCAGAAAUCCCAUAAGGAAGAGAUACAGGUUGAAGGCUGUGAGGAGGAUGGUCCUGAUCAGGCUGGAGAGCUGCAUGAUCAAGAAGCCAUCAGAGCUGGAGGGGAGGCCAAUGGGGAAGUCCAUAGCAAGCACAGCACACAGAGUGAUCCUGAGAGAAGGGAAAAGCCCCAUUCCUGCACUGAGUGUGGGAAGAGAUUCAAGAUGAAGGUGGACCUCACCAAGCACCUCCGGACUCACACAGGCAAGAGACCGUUCCCCUGCAAUGGCUGUGGCAAGAGGUUCAUCACCAAAUCACAACUCAAGGAGCACCAGAGGAUCCACACAGGUGAGCAGCCGUACAAGUGCCUGGACUGUGGGAAGAAUUUCGCCCAGAAGUCGCAGCUCAUCGUGCACCAACGGAUCCACACAGGUGAGAAGCCCUACCAGAGCAGCAGCUGCCAGAAGAGUUUCGUGGACAAGUCGCAGCUGGUGGCCCACCACCAGAUUCACGCGGGUGACCGUCCCUUCCAGUGCGGGGUGUGCAGCCGCGUCUUCUGCCAGAAGAUCACCCUCGUCAAGCACCAGCGGGUUCCCAGUGCCAAGGGGGCCCAGAGGGACACCACCAGGGCCAUCGUGGCUGAAUCCACUCCUGCAGGGUAGAAGAUCUUCCGCUGCAGCACCUGUGGGAAAGAGUUCAAGAAGAAAUCAGUGCUGGUGACCCACCAGAGGAUUCACACUGGGGAGGACCCAUACCCCUGCCCCUUGUGCGGGAGGUGCUUCCGGCAGAAGAUCCACCUCACCCAGCAUCAGCGGACCCGUGAGCGGCCUGAUGCCCAUGUCUGUGGAGCCUGUGGGGAGCAAUUCUGCAGCAAGAGGGAGAUGCUGAAGCACCACCAAGGCUACCAUCCCCAGCAGGCCCCACACACCUGCACCACCUGUGGAAAGCGCUUCAGCCAGAAGGUCGGCCUCACAGCCCACCGCCGUGUACAUGUGUGGGAGGAGACCCCCAGCGCUACAGGGGAUGGGCAUCCCCGCACCACCCUUGGUGGUACCCACACAUGCAGCCAGUGUGGGAAGAUGUUCACCAAGAAGGGAAACCUGGCCAACCACCAGCAGGCUCAUGCUGAGGGCCAGGGUUACCACUGUAGGGCUUGCGGCAAGGGCUUCGCCAAGCACGGGGAGCUGACCCAGCAUGAGCAGACCCACACCGGGGAGAAGCCCUAUGGGUGUGGGCAGUGUGGCAAGCGCUUUGCCCAGCGCACCCAGCUGGUCACCCACCAGCGCAUCCACACCAGCGAGCGGCCCUACCCCUGCAGUGACUGUGGCAAGGGCUUCCGUCAGAAGAUCGCCUUGGUCAAGCACUGCCACGUCCAUGAGCGUGGCAGGGACAAGGGAGGUAGCGAAGGCAUCAGUGCCAACAUCAGUGCCAAUGUUGACACCAAUGCCACCAACACCAAUGACAGUGUCAAGACCAAUGCCAAGGUCAAUGCCAAUGCCAAGGUGGAUGGCAAAGAUGAGGAGAGCCUGGCUCUCCCCUGUCAGAGGCUCCCCGUUGGUGAGUGGCCCUUCUCCUGCAGUGAGUGUGGGAAGGGAUUUGCCCAGAAGGCUCAGCUAGUAGUCCACCACCGCAUCCACACCGGGGAGCGCCCCUUCCUCUGCGCUGAUUGCCCCAAAGAUUUCAUCAACAAGUCUCACCUUGUUGUCCACCGCCGUAUCCACACUGGCAAGCGCCCCUUCCCCUGUGCUGCCUGCAGCCGAGCCUUCACCCAGAAGGUCACCCUCAUCACCCACCAGCGGGUCCACACACGGGAACACCAGCCACCACGAGCCCCAGUUGCCCUUGGACCCCAGGGUGAGGAAUGGCCCUUCACCUGUGCCAUCUGUGGGAGAGGUUUCCACAAGGAGAUUGCCCUGAUCACCCAUCGGCGAGUCCACGCCAAGUAUGAGCCCAACCGCUGCAGCAAGUGUGGGCAAGUCUUCCCUGACAGGGCCCAGCUCCGGCUCCACCAGCCCUCCCAUGCCAAAGACCGACCAUUCAAGUGUGCCGCAUGCGGGAAGGACUUCAAGAGGAAAGAGAUCUUGAUUACCCACCAGUGGGUCCACACAGGAGAGGUGCCCUUCCAGUGCCCCCUGUGCAGCAAAAGCUUCUCACAGAAGGCCAACCUCAUGAAGCACCAGCUCACUCACACCCGCCCGGGCCUGUUUAUCUGCUCCGACUGUGGGCAAAGGUACACCACCAUUGGACAUUUCAAGAGGCACCAGAAGAACCACCUCAAGAAGCAAAGUCCUCCUAGUGAGUGAAAGGAGCCCCCUGAGGACCUGGUGACCAGCUGUGUGCCACCAGAGCCAGUGGGUGACCACUGCAGCCUCAUCAUUGUGGUGAAGACAGAGGCUGAUGCUGAAGACUACGAGGUCCUACAGGUCCCAUGAUGGCAAGGAUCAAGCACUCAGGGGGGGAAGGGCUGAUGCCUGCUCACUUGGCGAUGGGCAUGCUGCAUCUGCCACCAAGGUCCACGGUCCCAUGGGAGCUGCUGAGGUUUGCCAUCACAGACUUCAUGGCAGGAGCCAUAGCAGACCAUUUUUCGUCCCUAGCUUUCCAGCAGCUGACACCAGCACUGGCCAUCUUGCAGACACGUGGAGCAGCACGGGGUCUGCUACCGUGGAGAAACUGCAGCCAGAAAUAAGGGAGUGUGUCAUGGCCAAAGGACUCAGGGAUGGGGACCCUGCUGGCACCUGGGGAAGGACCGCUGAGGUCAGUAACGCUCCUCGUGGAGGGCAAACACCCGCCCAGGCGGACUAGUUUGCAAAGCCAGAGUAAGAGCCCUGGCUGGGAACUAACACAGGGUUUAUAUGAAGACAUCGCUUUGCCUAGUUUAAAAUAAUGUCAUGCAUGGGUUGAUCGUGCAGGAUAAUCCCUGGGCAUAUUUAUUACGGAGUUGAGGGCAUUCUUUGCACAGCCACAGUAUCAGAGCAGCAUUUGGGAGAUUGCCAGACCUGUUUCUUGCACCACGUGCCCAGCUGCAAUGCCAAGAUGUCUCCUAAAGUCUCCUAAACCUGGAGACCACUGGUCUGUGUCACGUACAGCCGCACAGAAACCCUCCACAACUGUCCUCCGUGUCACACGUUUGAAGUCGUGACCACAGCGUGGCACCAGAAAAAGGUGUGUUUAAUUCCUCUGCCAAGAAAAGGAGGCAUUAGGUUGCUCCUAGUGCCCCAGCACCUGGGGUGGAGCUGGGGGUUGGCAGAGGCUGUUCCCACCACAGGUGCAGACGAGCCUCCCCACAACUGGCAUGAAGACUCUGCCCUCAUGGGCUGUGCUGUCCCAUAGGACUCCUCGGACCCAGCUCAGUGACGCGGAGGCCACCUCCACGGAGCCCCUGUAAGGCCGCCUGGCUAAGCCAGUUUGCCCUUCAGAGUGGUUUUGGAGGAGGAGAAGGAAAGGGCUUUUCUGGGCAAUCACUUAAGGUGCCACUUCACACUUGCUAAGGGGGUUGAGUUUCUUUUGUAUCCUGGAUGUUACUGCCCAAGCUCGCUUGAGAGAGAGUAAGACGGGCAUUUACCACCCCCUGCCCGGAGCCGGGUGCUCCCCAUGCCCAGAGCAGCACCCUCCACCCUCCAGCUCUCUCCUUAACUGCCAGGUUUUGCCUUCGAGGUUGCACGAAGGCGGCAAGGCACAACACCGUGUCCAAGCAAUGCUAACUUUCAGCACCUGCACGUGCCUCCGGAGCUCAGGCAGCCACCCCGCGCUUUCAGCAUCUCUCACCAUUGCUGGAUUCGGCACGCGCCCGGUGCUCCAUCCCCCAGCGCGGCCCCUGCUGCUCUGCCUCCUGCCCAUUGAAUUAAAAUCCUGCUAUUAGCUACAGCAAAGAGCUCCGAUGCCACGAAGUGAUGGCAGGAGCCAAAGGAAGGAUCGAUACAUCACUAUUAGCUUGCAAAAUCUGGGCCAGCUUGUCUUCGAACCCCACGUGGUCACUAGACCAGCCAAAUGGAUAGUUACACAAAAUUAAGGACCAUUUAAAUUUUAUUUUUUCCUCCAGUAGAUCUGUUUGAUUUUGAAGAUAUCUUACAGCAUUUCUGUUGUUUUAAUCAGCUUUUUUUUUUUCCCCCUGCAUUUAUUUCGCUGGCGGUAAAUUCAUCAGCCCCAAAUAGGUAGACUGAUAACAGACCGUGAUAACAGUACACUAAACUAUUACACGACAAGCAGGGAAUUAAAUCAUUCACUGGAAAACAGGCCAUGGUGGAAGACUGCAGUUUGCUGAAAGCUUUGUAUCCUUUCAAGCUUUUUUUUUUUUUAAUGCAACAUGGCCUUGCUCCAGUAACCUUUGCACAGCUCUGCCCCAUUUCUGCACGCUGAAGGGACAGCGAGCUGGCGUGUAGGCUCAGCCCUCGCUGACCAGUUGCCCCUGCCUUGUCCCUUGUUUGGGGCUUUUCUCUCAGGAAUUAAACAACAGCGAGGAAUAAACUAUCCAGCUCCCCUUUCCUAACUGAUCCUGAUUUCUUUAAGUCACAUUAUGUUUUGCUAAUAGUCCUGCUGCACAUAAACAGACUCGAACUGGGGAUGAUGAGAAAGCGGCUGCGUACAUUGCACGGCAAAACUUCUGCCCUGAUUAAGGUGGCUGCUUUUCCAACCAGAGGGUUUAUGAGUGAUGAGUAACAGACCACGUUACUGGAGCACAGAUACAAGAAGAGAAGGCAUUGCCUAAGCAUCUUUCAAAUAAGACCCGGGAGGACGAAUAGUAGAACGUGGGCACAGCCCGGCUGGACUCUCCUUUGGGAAACAGGAGCAGCUCUGUGUUUAUGAGCUGUGGUUGGGCAGUUUUCCAUUGGCUUUCUAGAAAAGUUUGAUUGCUGUGGGGUGAAUGAAGAUGAAUUUUUAGUCUAACAAAGUCUCUCACCUGCAAAUCAUCCCAAUGUCAAGUAAGAAUAAAACAGAUUGGCACUGUAGCUAUUUAGACUGGAUAUAAGGAAAAAAAUUUUUACAAUGAGGGUGGUGAAACACAGGAACAGGCUGCCCAGAGAGGUGGGGGAUGCUCUGCUCCUCAGGACAUUCAAGGUCAGGUUGGACAGGACUCUGAGCAACCUGAUCUAGCUGAAGAUGUCCCUGCUCGCUGCAGGGGGCUGGGCUGGAUGGCCUCUAAAGGUCCCUUCCAACCAAGCCAUUCUGUGAUUUCAUGAGUCUAUGACUCUAUUUUUCCCUGGCUCAGUGGUUGCGGGUCCACCACGCUCUGGGGCUGGCUUUAUCUCACCUGAAUUCAUGUCUCUACAGCACAGACGUAAACAACCGAGCUGGUCAUCUCCCAUUUAAAAUCAAAGGAGAGAAACAGAUGAAGAAGGUGAUUUUUCUGCCCUAUUUAGGUGUCCACUCCGGGGAUGAGACUCCAGGACUUCAUUGACUCUCUGGCUACGUCUCCAUGGGCUGCAGAGGGGAGCUGGGCUCAGAAGGAGACAUCCCCAUCCGUUCAUGGGGUUUUUAGCCCACAACAGCCAAUCUAUUUGGGAAAAGAGCAGGGGCUGUAGGGACACAGGCUGCAAUGGCCAGCAGUUAUUAGGCGUCACGGAAGCACGGAGUCAGCUCUGCAGAUGCCUCUGCUGUAAAAACAUCCCAGCCCUUAACAACUUGUUUGCUGCGUUGUGCGGCGCCGAUGAAGCUCUGCCUACAAACAGUCCUGGCUGUGUGUGGCUUCCCGAGGGAAGAAGCUGGUGUAGACAGGGGCGUGGAAAGGCCGGUAUAAUCCACACAGAAGGAGAUGAUUAUUUCCCAGGUAUAUUUUUUAUGACUUUUUUUUAUUUAUUGGUAGGCAGAAGGUAGCCAUGCAGGAGACAGAGGAACUAUCAGGAGCUGUGAACAUCUACUGAAAUAUUAAUAUAUGUUAUUUGCUGUUCUUCCCUAUGUUUGUUUUUACAAAGCAAAAUAAAUUACAUUUUUCAAUUGUCCUUCUUUUUAAUAUCACAUCCCAGCAUACUUUUGCUGUACAAGAUCCUCCAGCUAUGAAAUUCACCUCUUUCCCCUAGAUUUUUUCUGUAUUUCCUCUGUUUUGCAGAUAGUUUGCCUCUAUUUUUCUCAUAAAAAUCUGUACU